AUAACACAUGGUCUGCAACUCUUCAUUGACUACGACAGGAUCUGCGAACUCGUUCAUCUCAUUAUGGAGGGCUCGUGCAGUUGCGGCGCUGUGAAGUUCAUCACUCCCACAGAUUCGCCACUACGCCUCUUUCAUUGCCAUUGUCUCGACUGUCGCAAGCAGUCCGCCAGUGCCUAUGGCACUUCCGCCAUUUUCCCCUUCUUCAGUGUUGAAGAUGACCCCCAUGUGUCUUAUUUCAUUCGCACGUGCGACAGCGGGCGUAAACAAAAAUGUUACUUCUGCAAAGACUGCGGAAGCAGGAUCCUUCACGCUCACGUUGUCGACCAAGGACACCCAGAAGUGGUCGCAGUAAAAGGAGGGUUAUUGGAUGGCUUAGAUUGGAAGGGUGCAAUGCAUAUCUACACUCGAAGCGCUGUUGUUUCCAUACCAGAUGGCGCGGAAACGUCUGAGGCUGAUCCGGGAUGGACUAAGAAGUGA